AUGACGCGCCGCAACCAAAGUACAAGAGGAGUUCGCGGCGGCAAUCGAUUCGGUGGAAAUCGCCAGACGAGUGGCAAUUCACAGAAUACAAAAAAGAAAGAAAAACGAUCGCCCAAGUAUCAUCCGAGCGACCCAGAUUUUCCUUAUGCCGAUGUAACAAGAAGCCUCAUCGAACGAAUUGGAAUGGAGGGAUUGGAGUAUCCUCAGAUUAUGAUAUCUUCCAUCAAAGAAUUGAAUGAGCCAGACUGGGAUGGUUUGAAACCCAAAUUGGAUUUAACUGGUCAAGAAGACGAAAUUGAGAAAGAGGCAAAGAAAGAAGAAUUGAAAACGGAGAGUGUCGAAUACCAUCGACAAAAGCGAUACUGGAGCAAAGCGAAGUGGCAUGUUCAUUCGUUGAUUAUGUCAUUUGUUACCAGUAAAAUGAAGGACAAGAUUUUACAGGAGGUCAAUUACAAUGAGAAAAUCGAGAGUGAUCCUAUUGAAUUAUUGAGACGCAUCAAUAAAUUUAUGACAACCAGUGAUGUGAUAGACUGGGAACCCAUUACAUUGUGGGAAGCACUACAGAAGUGGGUGAAUUGUCGUCAGAAAGGAAAUGAAACGGUGAUUGAAUACCGUAAACGAUUUGAAGAAUGCGCAACUACAGUAUUAUCUUUCUUGGGUGAUUCGUGGCUAGAAGUGUUUGCCGCAAAAACGACUGCAUAUCAUGAAACAAUCACCCGACUAAUGGCUUGUCGGAUAGAGAAAAGAAGCGAGUUGCAGCUGAAGUCGAAGAACUUCAAGCAGAAUUUCAGGAUGAGUUUGUAA